GAGGAGGAGGAUGGAGGCAGCGCAGCCCGCAACGCGUCGUCGUCACGGAAACGUAAUCUCUGUGUUUUCCUUUGAAUGAGGCGCGGCGGGCGGCUGCGGGAUUUUGGGAGUCCGACGACCGCAAGCUGGAAGGAAGAAAACAAAAAGUGGAUCACGGCAGCGGAAGGACACGAGACGUCGGCGCACGCACGCGGAGAAGAUGCCGUUCCACCACGUGACGGCGGGCCUGCUGUACAAAGGCAACUACCUGAGUCGCUCGCUCUCGGACGGCGACGCCGACGGCGACGUGCCGGCCAGCAUCUCCGUGGAGGAACUCCACGAGAUCCGGGAGGCCUUCGAAGUUCUGGAUCGCGACGGCAACGGUUUCAUCUCCAAGCAGGAGCUGGGAAUGGCCAUGCGCUCGCUGGGGUACAUGCCCAGCGAGGUGGAGCUCGCCAUCAUCAUGCAGCGGCUCGACAUGGACGGUGACGGCCAGGUGGACUUCGAGGAGUUCAUGACCAUCCUGGGACCAAAACUUCUCUCCUCCGAAACCAGAGAAGGUUUCUUGGGAAGCACCAUCGACAGCAUCUUCUGGCAGUUCGACAUGCAGAGGAUCACGCUGGAGGAGCUGAAGCACGUCCUCUUCUACGCUUUCCGAGACCACCUGACCAUGAAGGACAUCGAGAACAUCAUCAUCAACGAGGAGGAGAGCCUCAAGGAGAACGCGGGAAACUGCCAGACCGAAUUUGAAGGAGUUCACCCGUCCAAGAAGAACCGUCAGACGUGCGUGAGGAAGAGCCUGAUCUGCGCCUUCGCCAUGGCGUUCAUCAUCAGCGUCAUGCUGAUCGCAGCCAAUCAGAUGCUGAGGAACGGCAUGGAGUAGCCACGCCCACUGUGACACACGCACACGCACGCACACACACACAAAGUUUUUUUUUUCCUCGCACUCCACCCCUUUACUCCGACAGCAGGGACACUCAAGGGCUGACGUUACCCACAAUCCUCCUCUGUCCUCUUCCGACGACGCAAUAACGAGGCGCCGGGCGCGGGAAAGGAGCGCCGGACGGUUUGAAUGCGCGCGGACGGACGUGAAGGCGCGUCCGACCUGGCGGCCUCACGCCGGCGCUGAACCCUCGCGUGGUGGUCGCCUCGACGAAUGCUGGGAAACGUUGUUGUUGUUGUUUUUAUUGUGGGGAAAACAAUCUGUCAGUCCGGACGGUAAGCCUGCGAGCGAGCGGGGGAUCGAACGGGGAUCUCUUUGAGACAAGGACCCCGAACACCUCACGUCCUCACGAUCUUCUUUCUUGUCCACCUCCUCCUCCUCCUCCUCCAUCUGGGCGCGUCAAUGUUCUUCGCGUUUGUCGCCGUCUUCGUCUGACUUCCCGUCGGGUCUCGGCGACGCAAUCGCGUCGUCCCGUCUCGUCCGUCUGCGCGUUUCUGCUUGCGUCUUCUGUCCUGCUGAAUCGAUCGAUUAUUAUCGGUUAUUGAACAGACAAACGACCAUUCGCGCCUUUAGACAAUUUUGCGUCACCGGUGAAGCUCACGUUUGCGUUUCGGGAAGGCGGAGGCGGGAGGACGCCGACGUACCCGAGGCCAGAUUCGAACGCGGAACCGCUCACCUGCGAAGCACGUGUUCUAAACCACGAGGCUCGUUGGGCGAGCCGGAGACUCCGCCCCGGUUUUGCUCGCCAGCCAAUCGCAGGGCGCGUAUAGACACGUGACCAUCGCGCCGGCUCCCAGUGGGAAGUGAAACAGUCGAGAACAAAGAAAGGCAAGUGAAGGAGUUUGUUUGAAAGGAACUCAUCGCAAAUGUGUGGCGCAAUAGAACCAGAUCCAGACCCAAAACCCGGACCCAGACGUUCUUUUUGCUUGGAAUGGAACCUGCUCAACUUCUAUUCCAUUUUUUUGGUUUGUUUGUUUUUAAAUCCAUUCGCGAACUCGCCAAUUUUCACAAUCUUUUGCAAACUUUUUUUUGCCUUUUUCAGAACAAAGCUGCUUUUGGGCAAAACACUUAUUGGUGGAAUUUGCCUGCUUCAAGAUUUGUUGGGGUUCAUUUCUUUUUUCAAUGCAAUUACAAUUUGCAUCGAUUACUCGUGGAUUUUUGCUCGACCCAAUCGGGCCAAGUCCUUAUCUCCACUUUCUGCUCAUUAUGAUCCAAACUAUAACCCCAAUAAUGCCAAUUAGGUUGAAAGUCUAAAUCGUCUUAAAGCGGGACAGUGACGACACUUCAAACCUUUUCUUUGUUCCCUUUAUAUUUAUCUUAAUUGUAGAAUUUGUUUGCAGGCACUUGAGUUCUAAACAAACUUCAACAACAACAAAGUUCAGAUGACUUAAGUUUUUAAUUUUUUUAUUUAGUCCUGCAUUCUGAGUGUGAAAAUCCACAAUAAAUAAUCGAUUCCUUCGGGACUAAAUUAUAAUGCACACACGCACACACGUGUAUAUAUAUAGAGAGAUUUUAUUUUAUUUAUUUUUUUUUUUUCCUUCCGCUGCAGCACCCUGUUUCUUUGCCGCCCGCAGUCUCCAGUUGGAUAUAAAAUGUUUCUUCAACCUCCUCUUCCAAGUGCUGCGUUCAACGCCGCGCGGUUUUCGGAGGUUCAGAGUGUCGCGAACCUCCACACUCGUCAGCAAUAGAUGAAAAUCUACAAUAUGGAGACCGUAUUUUUAAGCGCUCCCACAUACUUGAAACACGACAAAACUUUUCAAGAAUAGAUUCUCUAAAUAAGAGCCAAAGUGCGAAGUUUACUGUAACACUGACACAUAAAACCCAAGAAUUAAACAUCGUAGAAGCAAACCAUAUCAUUUUGUUUAACGAAAGUCCGCGAGCUUAAUGCUACCGUGGAAUGCAAAACGCCAGAGACGGGCUAACGGAAAUUAGCAUAAGCGUCGUGGAGUAGAAAAGUGAAAGAAUGGUUGAAAUGGUGACGCAAGCAGGCUCUUCAAAUCCAGACCCUAACCCGAACCACUUGGGGGUCUCUGAGGCCCCCUGGUGGUGCGGGCGCCACACCUUCCCCGCACCUCCAAUAAGAAGGAAGAAGCCACGUGGUCUGGCUGACCGACGUCACGUGUUCCGUGUGACUUGUACGAGGUAACGAAACACUGUGACCGCACCGCAAUAGCAACACGCGUGCGCCGGGUGACGUCACUCUGACGCGGAAGGCGCGCAUGUCCAAGCCAUAAACGGGAUGACCAGCAAACUCUGUGCAAGGGCGCCCUCUCGUGGCUUCGUGUCGAUUCACACAAUAAUGGCAUUCAGGUCACAAACACGAUUAUCAGAGAUUUAAAUGGAACAAUUUCUUUAUUAUUGUCGUUACGAUACGAAACACUUGUAUGAGCACAAUAAUAAACAAUUUGUUACAUUAAUAAUAAUAAUAAUAAUACAGUGCGCAUUAUGACGAGAGGAUUUUUUAGUAUGAGAUGGUGUACCUAAUGAAGUGUCUAGCGAGAAGGACCAAGGGGCGGGCCAACAGGAGUUUGUGAAAGGUCACGUGGGCACCUGACGUCAUUUGGAGACAAACGGGGGGGAAGAAAGUUAAAAUGUUGAUGUAAAACAUGUAAAAUACUUUUAUAAUGUAAUAACAUAAUUGUCCUGUAUUCGUUAUUUAUGAUUGAAUUGUAAUGAAUGACCAAUUAUACAGUCAAACAAAUCAUUAAAUGUUAAAUGCAUGUGUAAAAGUUUAUUUUGACAAGAAUACGUUCUCAUUUUUGUUUAUUUGAUAAUCAAUAUAUUUAUAAUUCAUGAACCAAUGAUGUAUUUUAAAGAAGAAAAAAAGUUCUAUGCAUGUAUAAAAUAGUUAUUGAAAUAAUAUCAUAAUUCAUUCUCAUUUUGAGGUUAUUCAUAAAUAAUGUCAUUAUAAUUCAUUUUCCAAUUACGAACGAAAAGCAAAAUAACCCAUUUUAAAUGUUUGCGUGAAAUAGUUGAUUGGAGUCACGAAAUCGUCAUUCAUUCUGCUUCAACCUUUUCAGAAUUGGUCAUGACCAAAUCGAAGAAUGUAGCACUUUUGUUGCCUGCGGACGCGAAGUCUCGCGUGAGGAUGGCAAGAUGUGGGAACACGUGACGUUGCCGAGCGGGAACGUGGACACGCUCAACACAAAAUGGCAACCGAACGCACACGCUUCAACUUGUAAAUAGUCAACGUAUUCACGAUGUUGCAAUAAAUCUUGUUGUU